CUGUCAAGCAGGAUGAGAAUUUGGGAAAAUGACUAAGGGUAGAAGGAUUUCACAAGCCAUGGAUGGUGAGCAGCCUUCAAAUGCAGGAAAUCCUGAGCUAUGCAACAACAUGGCUGCCCUGGGAGGAAGUCAUGGGCUUAAGUCUUUCAGCAAAAAAUCAGAAUCCUCUUGAGAAAUUCUUCACAUGCAUGAGAAAUAAUUAAAAACAGAAUGUCAGCUCUGCCACCUCAAGAUUCUCAAAGGGAGAAAAUCUUCAAAAUUACACACAGCAUCCACAAAAAUCAUCUUGAACCCAGCAUGGUGUGUUCCAGGUUGAUCCAUGUUGUUGAAAACAGGAUUUUCCCAGCAGGACUGAGAGGUGACCAAAGCCACAUAAUGUCAGUAACUCGUUCAUCCGUCCAUGCCAAAUGGAUUGUGGGGAAAGUGAUUGGGACAGCAAUGCAAAAAACUGCCAAAGUGAGGGUGACCAGGCUUGUUCUGGAUCCCUACUUACUAAAGUACUUUAAUAAGAGAAAAACCUACUUUGCUCACGAUGCUCUUCAGCAGUGCACUGUUGGGGAUAUUGUGCUUCUCAAAGCUUUACCUGUCCCACGGACAAAGCACGUGAAGCAUGAACUGGCUGAGAUCGUUUUCAAAGUUGGAAGAGUGAUAGAUCCAGUGACAGGAAAACCCUGUGCAGGCACCACCUACCUGGAGAGUCCAGUCAGUGUGGAAACCACCCCCCUAACCAAAAAUCUGGAAGAACUCAAUAUCUCCUCAACACAGUGAAGGAGGGUUGGAAGGAGGAGCCAAAGGGAAAGACUGACACAUUUGCUUUGUGGAAAACGAAAUUUGCCUACCGUUCAUCACACACCGUCCAGCGUCUGCUGUAGUAUUUAUGAAAUAGCUAAAAGUAAAUGAGGUAAAGGGCUUGUUAUACCUUUUCGUAAAAGCUCAUGAUCAAGUUUCAGAUUUUAAGUAAAGAUACUUUUAUGUUA